UUGUUAAGUAUAAAUCUAGUAAAUACGAAACAAUUAAUUCGAUUAUUUUCAAAUUUUCAUGCCAAUUAAUUAACAAUUUAAUGUAUCAAAUAAGUGUGUACUAUUCGACUCAAAAGAUAUAUCUAUAAUAGAUUGAAUAAAUCUUUAAUAAAAUACACGAUUUGAAAAUUGCCGCGGUUUGUGACGUAACAGUAACGGCAGCCAUAUUGCAUUUUCUGGUCAAUGAAAACGAUUUCGAUAUGAAUGUAUUGUGUAACCUACAAUUGCUUAUUUACCGUUUUCUUUUCCGUCACCUCACGUCAAGUCGGUAAAAUCACGUUUAGGUUAGAAAAAUGGCCAAAUUAAGACGAAUGGCUUGGGGUCUUUCAUCCAAUUUUGCAUCUAAUCGUUACUUUUCUCGUUUGUUAACUGCACCAUGGUGCAAUGUCCACACAGCUUCAUCACUUAAUGAAGUUUCUACGAAUACUGCUGUUGACACCGAUGCUGCUGCAUUGAUUAUCAGUGAUAGCUGUGCGAAACGUCUCAAGGAAAUAGCAAAAGAAAGUGCAUGUUUGAGGGUUACCGUAGAAGGUGGAGGCUGCUCUGGAUUUCAAUAUAAAUUUGAUUUGGAUUCAAGCAUAAACGAAGACGACAAAAUAUUUCAAAAGGAUGGUGCUAAAGUGAUUAUAGAUUCAACGUCAUUAGAAUAUAUCAAAGGGGCUACUAUAGAAUAUCACACAGAGUUAAUACGUUCUGCAUUUAGGAUCAUUAAUAAUCCUUUAGCAGAACAGGGAUGUAGUUGCGGUGCUAGUUUUUCUAUCAAAAUCAAUUAAUUUCCUUACUACUGGGGUUUUUUUUUUUAGCUAUACGUUUAUAGAGAACUACUUUAGAUAUGUAAUAUUUAUAAAUUUCUGCUAUUUUAGGAUUGACCUUUUUUUCUUUCGAGUGAAUAUUAUAUAUAUACCGAGAUUCACAAAAUAAGAAACUUAUGUACAGACAAACCGUAAAUAUAAGUGUUAUAAAAUGUUGUUUGUAAGUUAAGUGUUUCGAAUAGCAAUGGUAGAUGAGAUUA